AUGAGAUUACAGCAGCUCUGGGUGGGUAACUGUUUAAAAUAUGCAAUUUUUGAGUUGAUAUCAGUCAACAAUUUUUGCCAUAAGCACACCACACCAAAGCUGUUGUUUGACUGUUGUUUUGUGGCCGAAAAAUUGCUUUUUGUGAUUGUUUGUCGUGUCAUAUCAGAAAAGGAAAAAAAAGACGCUACAAGAAAGACAUCACAUUCAAAAUUCAAAUUAAUGAAACGUCUGAUAAGAUUUUCGAUUUUUGUAGAGGAAAACAUUGAUCACUUCAUAACUAUUAAAACUUCCAAGGCAUUAAAAAGGGCCUCGAAAACUCUCGUUUAG